AUGCGGUCAAUUGUGGGUUUAAUUGUUGUAAUUACCGCCGCUACUUUCUAUCUGUACAUUCUGUCUUCUUACCUUCCGACCGGACCGCGAAAACUCCCACCCAAAGCGACGGAGAACGAAGAAACGUCUGACAUCGACACUAACGAGGACGAAUUCAAAGAACACAGGCUGAAGUUCCCCUCGGACCUGGUAGAGCUGAGGGAACUGGCGGAGCUGCUCCAGUUCUACAAGACGGAACACACUGGAUAUGUCCUGCUUCUCUUCUGUAGCGCCUACCUCUACAAGCAGUCCUUCGCCAUUCCUGGCUCCUCCUUCCUGAACAUUCUAGCGGGUGCUCUGUUUGGCCCGUGGCAGGGCUUGGUGCUAGCCUGUGUUCUGACCACUGUGGGCUCCACCAUGUGUUACCUCCUCUCGCAGGCCUUCGGUAAGCGCUACAUCACAAACCUCUUCCCUGGCAAGGUCUCCAUGCUGCAGAGGAAGGUGGAAGAGAACCAGUCGUGUCUGUUCUUCUUCCUCCUCUUCCUCAGGUUCUUCCCCAUGACUCCAAACUGGUUCCUCAACAUGUCCGCCCCCGUCGUCAACAUCCCUGUCACACUCUUCUUCUUCUCCGUCUUCAUCGGUCUGAUCCCAUAUAACUUCAUCUGUGUCCAUACGGGCUCCAUGCUGUCUGAGGUGUCCUCUCUGGAUGACCUGUUCUCCUGGGGCAAAGUGCUACAGCUGCUGGGCAUAGCCUGCGUGGCUCUGCUCCCCGGGGCCCUCAUCAGACACUACAGCCAGACACACCUCAAACUGGACGGCCUGAACAAUGGAGUCAACAAGAAGACUCAGUGAGGAGCGACCAAGGGUCUCCCGUUCCUGUGGAAAUAACCACACAUAGAGGAUGAAGUUGGAGGAUUUGGAGUACCUUGGAUAGUCUCUACUCUCCAAGUUCAGCCUCCAUUUUGUUGGUUAGACUCAGUGAGCAUCCUGGGUCAGCCUGUACAUAUUCCUGUCAGUCGGCUGGAUACAGGAGGAAACAUGAUCAAAUAGAUUGGGAACUGAGGUUUCCUACAGUAAUGACCUCACCGCAGAAGGGAGAUGUGGAAGUCUGUGUGUAUGUUAGAGAUGGUAUGGACCGAGUCUAUGUCUGCGUGAAGGUGUUUUAAACCAUUCGUGUUUUUAUGGGUGAAGGGAGGAGACAUUAAUUCAAAUCAUUUUGUUGGUUUUCUUGUUUGAUGAAGAUACUGUCAUCGAGAUACAUUUAUUUUUGGAUCCAUUCUGUUGUUGUUGGUACGGAUACACACGUACCUUUUAGAAGUGGCCUGUGUUUCUGUUUUAAACAGCAAGCUACCUCAAAGCAGAACAGGAUGUCCUGCGAAGACAAUUCUAGGGAGGGAAAGGUGAGAGGUGUGUUAUUACAUCGGGAAUUGAUUGGGUGUCUUUUAAAAAUAUAUAUUUUUUUGAAUUGUUCCACCUGUAUUUUAUUGAAACAAUCUUUUUACUGCUGCCGAUCACGAAGGGCUGGAUUCAUCUGUAUCGCUGAAGUUCAGCGUUAGUGUGAUUUGAAAUUUAAAGGUAAUGUUCCCGUGUUAGCAGAAUGCAUUCACGGUAAAAUGCUGCAUAUGUCGGCUCAGUUGGAAAUUACCGUUAAAUUAAGAUUGCGCAAUCUGUAACGGUUCAGUGAUCCAGAUUGAAUAGAGUCCUGAUGGAAUUCAGUCUCCUUGAUUGAGUGUUUGUGUAAAUACAAGGGUUUCCUUUUCUAAUUGUCAACAAGUUAUCAAUUGUGAGGAAUGUGUAUUUAAAAAACAUCUUUUGUCACUUUCAAAAAUGUAAAUGUUUUCUGUCUGGAUAUCUUAUUUGUCAAUAAAAAUACCAUGUGAACAACACAA